AUGCAGGCAAUGCCGGAUAACCGACAACAGUCUUUUGACGAAAUCUACGGCCCGCCAGAGAAUUUCCUUGAGAUCGAGGUCCGCAACCCCCGAACCCACGGCAUGGGCCGCAGUAUGUACACCGACUACGAGAUCGUCUGCCGCACAAACAUCCCCGCCUUCAAGCUCCGCGCCUCGAGCGUGCGCCGCCGCUACUCCGACUUUGAGUACUUCCGCGACAUCCUCGAGCGCGAGAGCGCCCGCGUCACCAUCCCUCCCCUUCCCGGCAAGGUGUUCACGAACCGCUUCAGCGACGACGUAAUCGAAGGCCGCCGCGCGGGUCUCGAAAAGUUCUUGCGCAUCGUUGUCGGACACCCGCUUCUGCAGACGGGCAGCAAGGUCUUGGCGGCUUUCGUUCAAGACCCUAACUGGGACCGCAAUGCGUGGUGA